CCCGGCUUCGCUCGCUGAACUUUUUGACUUACUAAAGCUGGAAGCUUCAUAGAUUAUGCUAGGUACCUAACCUAGUGUGUGCCUAGUGGUUGUUAAGGAGCUCCAAUCGCCCAAGCACUAAUCGGCAGUAGCCGACACUACCUAGCUACCCUUACAUUGUUCCACUAACUAGUGACUAGGGCCAUGUCGAAUAGCAACAUCACCAGAGAAAAUUUCAAAGGCCAGCAGAAUAUGGUUCAUAUGGAAAUUUCAUAGCAUUCAAUGAGAGUAGAAUCUUAUUUGAAAUUGAUCCGCACCAAUUCCUCUCACCCAAGUCAUCCCAUAGUAUCAUCUCGCCAUGGGCUCACUAACCCAGAACUCGAAAUUCAACAACGCUGAAUUCAUCCCACCGGAUGCCAUCUUCGAUGUGACGAGAAGAUAUUUGGCAGAUGAAUGUCCAAAUAAAGUUAAUCUUGGCCAGGGGACUUAUCACGACGAAAAUGGCCAGCCGUGGAUCCUACCGUCAGUCCGCAUGGCAAAGGCCAAAAUCGGCGAAUGUGGCCAUGAAUAUCUGCCAAUUGCUGGUUUGAAAUCAUUCCGGGAUGAAGCCGUGAAAUUGGCUUUCCACGGAACCAAAGCGUUUGGUGAAGGACGAGUUGCAUCUUGUCAAGCAUUAUCAGGCACAGGAUCAUUGCUUCUUGCUGGGCUUGCCUUGAAGAAAGCAAACACGGGGAUCACCACGGUAUAUAUCACCGAGCCAACGUGGAGUAACCAUGCUUUAUUGUUUAUAUCACUGGGAUUCGAAGUUAAAACGGUACCUUAUUACAAGGACAGAGCUUUUGAUUUUCAAGGCUAUGUUGAUGGUCUCAAGGAUGCUGACUCAACAUCGGCCUUGGUUCUUCAUGCUUGCGCGCACAAUCCAACUGGUUGUGACCCGUCGCGCGAUCAAUGGAAGCAUAUUGGGAGUCUAGUAAAGGAAAAAGGAAUCUUCCCCAUUUUUGAUUCGGCAUAUUUAGGCUUCAAUUCCGGAUCGGUUGAUGAGGAUGCUUGGGCGAUACGCUAUUUUGUGGACGUUCUACGACUGGAAGCAUCCGUCUGUCUAUCGUUCGCGAAGAGCAUGGGCCUAUAUGGCGAACGAAUUGGCCUUGUAUCCUUCGUAACUGAAGGGACAGGGACUGCACGCGCCAUGUCCUCGAUUCUCGAGAAUUGUCAGCGAGCUACGAUAUCGAAUCCGCCAGCAUACGGAGCUAGGAUUGCCGCCACUGUCUUAGGCACACCUGAGAUCGCAGAGCAGUGGGCAAAGGACCUUAUCACUAUGUCCUCGCGGGUCAAAACGAUGCGACACAGAUUAUAUGAUGAGUUGACGAAUCUACAUACUCCCGGAGAUUGGUCGCAUCUAAUCAAACAAACGGGCAUGUUUGGCUACACUGGAAUAAGUUCAUCGCAGGUCGCAUAUCUCGAAGGUGAGCGACGUUACAUCUACGCACACGAACAUUGAUCUACGAAGCUAAUAAUUUCAAAGAGAAACACCAUGUCUAUAUGGCUGAUACAUCCAGAAUUUCCAUAGCAGGUCUCAACGAUAACAACGUCG